AUGCAGCUGGGCAUGGCGAGCGCGCUGGAAACACUGUGCGGGCAGUCGUAUGGGGCAAAACAGUACCACACGAUGGGCAUCCACCUGCAACGUUCCUGGAUCAUCCUCAAUGGCUGCGCCGUGCUAACUCUUCCCCUCUACUUGUUCACCGGGCCGCUCCUCACCUUCAUCGGCCAGGAUCCUUCCAUCUGCGCCGUCGCCGGGACCAUCUCUCUCUGGUUCAUCCCCGUUAUGUUCUCCUACGUCUUGAGCUUCACGCUCCAGAUGUACCUGCAGGCGCAGGGCAAGAACGCCAUCAUCACCUACCUCGCCGUCGCCAACCUCGCCUUGCAUCUCUCCCUGUCAUGGCUCUUGACCGCCAAGUACCACCUAGGACUUGAAGGGGUCAUGACCUCCAUGAUCAUCGCCAUGUGGUUUCCCGCGCUUGUGCAACUCGCAUUCGUCCUCUUCGGUGGCUGCCCAGUGACAUGGACAGGAUUCUCGUCGGCCGCCUUUGCCGACCUUGCACCCAUGAUCAAGCUCUCUGUAUCCUCUGGUAUCAUGCUCUGCCUGGAAAUGUGGUACAACACUAUAUUGGUGCUCCUAACCGGGUACAUGAAGAAUGCAGAGAUUGCACUUGACGCUCUUUCAAUCUGCCUUAACAUCAACGGUUGGGAGAUGAUGAUUUCUAUCGGAUUUUUCUCCGCAACAGCAGUGCGUGUGGGAAAUGAGCUCGGAGCGGGGAGUGCAAGAAGGACCAAGUUCGCUAUCUUGAAUGUCGUCGCCACUUCUUUCACAAUAGGCGUUGUGUUGUUCGUGUUCUUCCUCUUUUUCCGUGGAAAACUUUCCUACAUAUUUACUGAGAGUGAAGAGGUAGCUGCCGCAGUUGCUGACCUAUCGCCUCUGCUGGCCUUCUCCAUCUUGCUCAACAGUGUUCAACCAGUAUUAUCAGGUGUUGCUGUUGGUGCGGGUUGGCAAAGGAUAGUUGCGUAUGUUAACAUCACAACAUAUUACUUCAUUGGCAUUCCUAUUGGAGCAAUCCUGGGUUAUGUCCUUGGAUAUCAUGUGAAGGGUAUUUGGGUUGGCAUGCUGCUCGGAACACUAGUCCAAACUAUUGUGCUUUUGUUCAUAACAAGUAGAACGGAUUGGGAUAAACAGGUGGAGGCUGCUCGGGAGAGAUUGAAUAGAUGGAACAAGGAUGGUUCCAAGCCCUAAGCUCGUUCUUCAGUUCACGAGGUUAAAUUCAUGGGUGCU